AUGUCUGCAGCACUCGCUAGGGAGCUCAACUUGAACGUCCAAACGGAUCGCCGCACAACCCCUCGCUUCGAAAAUGCCGUUGGAAAGAGCAUGGAAGUGGCAGGCCAUGCCACUGUCGAUUGCCAAUUCAGUGACGAACCGCAGAACACGGCUAGCAUCAAGUUCUGGAUCCUGCCAAAAGUCGUUGUUCCUUUGAUAGUGGGCAAGCAAUUCCUGGAAAAGACAAGUUGCCUGACCACAUUCCAUCACCGCCUUCGGAGGAUGAAUGUUUUCAGGAACUUGAGUCCAAGGAUUCUGCAUAUGGAAUUACCAAGACUGCGGCUGCCAUGUCAGGUUGGGAAUCAAUUAAUGCUAGCGAAUCCAGACACUGGGUCAGAUCUGGAUCUGAUGUUUGCAUCGUGCUUUCGACGAUCGAACCUCAGACUGCAGGAGCUAAGACAUGCACGUCAAUUUGUCGAACUUGCCGAUGGCUCAAUUGCACGUCUUUCUGGGUUCGUCCGCGUACUGUUCGCCAUGGGUAGUGGCGGACAACCAACACAGCUUCGGGACUUCUAUGUGAUGGAAGGGUUGACAUCGGACAUCCUGUUGGGGAAUGCAACGCUAGAAGUAUUCGAUGCCUUCAAUGCACACAAGGACGAUUUCUUCGAUUUGCAGGAGUUUGACGUACGGUGCGAUCUCCAUUGCAUCCGCUGGGUGCCGAGAUCUCGGAGCAAAGAGUUCCUGGAAAGUCCAUUCGAAGACUUUGAGUUCAUAGUGCCUAACACAGGACAUGAAGAUGAGGCUUCCGUCCCACAUACUCGGCGGUCAUGGUCGCAAAUUCUCCGUAGGAAGCAAAGGAGGACUGGAAAUGAGAAGCUUACAGGUGCAGCGGCCCCUUCAAAGUUAUCCCUGUUCGAGAGCUGA